AGCCCCGCUUUGUAUUCGUCUGUUUCCGCCAUCUGAUUUCUCCUCUCCCGAAUUCAAAUUUGGGGUUCUCACCAAACCCUAGCUUUCUCUCUCUACAAACCCUGCAUUUCCCUGCGAAUUUCACUCUCUCUUUUGGAGUACAGUUAGACAAGACGAGCGAUGAGGAAGGGUGCUAAGAGGAAGGCAACACACAAGGGCGAGUCUCAGAAGAAGCCGCCGGCUGAGGAGCAGAAAAAUGAGCCGAGCGAAACCCCUAGCCAUCCGGCAGAGGAGCAGAAGAAUGAGGCGAGCCAAUCCCCUGGACACCCGGAUGAAGAGAACCACUUGCAGGAGAGGAGCGGGGAUGCUGAGCCCCAGCCGAGCAAGGAGGCAGCUGCCAAGGGCAGACGUAAGCGAGCCAAGGUUUCCAAGCCUGAAACAGAGCCGGAGUACUUCCCUGAGAAGCGUAAUUUGGAGGAUCUCUGGGAACAGGUUUUUCCAGUUGGCACAGAGUGGGAUCAAUUGGACAUGGUCUAUCAAUACAAGUGGAACUUUUCUAAUUUGGAAGAUGCAUUUGAGGAAGGUGGAGAAUUACAUAAUAAGAAGGUCUACCUCUUCGGCUGUACAGAGCCUCAAUUGGUCUCUUUCCAAGGUCAAGGAAAAGUUACAAUGAUCCCUGUUGUGGUUGCCGUGGUAUCGCCUUUCCCCCCCUCUGACAAGAUUGGGAUUAAAUCAGUUCAAAGAGAGACUGAAGAAAUUGUGCCGAUGAAGCAGAUGAAAAUGGACUGGGUUCCAUAUAUCCCACUUGAAAAGAGGGAAUCUCAAGUUGAAAGACUUAAAAAAUCGCAAAUCUUUAUUUUGAGCUGUACUCAGAGAAGGGCUGGUCUAAAGCAUUUGAAGAUAGACCGUGUGAAGAAGUUCGAGUAUUGCUUACCAUACUUCUACCACCCCUUCCAGGAAGAUGAACUUGAACAGAGCACAGUAGUAGAGCUUCUAUUUCCAAUAGAUCCCAAGCCAGUUUUCUGUGAGUUUGAUUGGGAGCUGGAUGAACUAGAGGAGUUCACGGAUAAGCUUAUUGAGGAAGAGGAGUUGCCAGUAGACCAGAAAGAACCUUUUAAGGACUUUGUGAAGGAGAAAGUUAGAGAAGCUAAAAAAGCUAACCGCGUGGCAAGGGAGACCCGUAAAAAGACACUAGCAGAAAUGAGUGAGGAAACUAGGGCUGCUUUUGAGAAUAUGAGAUUCUACAAAUUUUAUCCUGUACCUACACCUGACACUCCUGAUGUAUCAAAUGUGAAGUCGCCCUUCAUAAACAGAUACUAUGGGAAGGCUCACAAGGUUAUGUGACUGACACGACAAAUACAAGUUUUGUAUGGAAGAGUGCAUCUCUUAGUCAUUACUUGUUGCCGUACCUACUUCGUGUUCGAUUUGGCUCCAGAUAUUUACAACCUGUAAAUGCAAAGAGAAUCAUAACGAGCAGGCUUAUGGCUUUCUUGUCAUAGAAAGUGUAAACUUAAAGAGGUUAAGACUAGGAAAUGAGGAAAAGCAGAGUUUACAGUCAUUUCCUGUACCUUCUUUUGUAUUAAUAGGAAAUCAUCAAUUUUGUAGACAAUUAAUUGAAUUCACAAGCUGUGAAUUCCUUAAGAUUACUAUCUUCUUGUUCUUAAGUUUGCUGAUUAUUGUUGAGAUAUUUCACUUCCCAUGUAAUUCCUGUACGAUGGGCAUCAAGGAUUGUGGUAAAUGUACCUUAUUUAUCAUAUUCUGACAUGCUUUAGAGGGUGUUGAAGCAAAAGAUAGAGAGUACAUCUGCAUUUCUUUU